UUUGUGAACCCGCACAUGUUUUGUAUCCAAGCCGUGCUACGCAAUCCCGGUCCUGUCCUGACAACGAUCAAAACAUCAUUGCCUCCCAAAAUGUGGGCAUCAGGGUAUGGCUUUGUUGUGACUUCAUGAACUCUGGUGAUGUCUCGGCCAGCUCCGUCCCCAAUCUACACCCUAAGGGGUGCCAGUGGACCCUUCAACACCCUCCACUUCAGUUGCCAUGGAGGGGACACUCCCCUCCUCUUCUCUGGCUCGGGGAAGGGUGCCAUCCAUAUGUGGAAUCUUAACACCAGGAGGGCAGAGAGAACUGUCGAAGGUCAUUCUGGGAGUUCAGUCAUCUGGGUCAGUACACUUCCCUCGGCAGAUACACUCAUUAGUCAGGGACGGGACAUGAGGAUCUGUCUUUGGGAUCUGAGCAAAGGUUCCAGUGAGCUGAUGGACUCUCUCACGACAGGAAGUGUUGGAUUCUGUCAGUGCUCCGUACUGGAGACAGGGCAGCGGACGUGCCUACUCGCCUUUGCAGGACAACAAAUUGAGGAGGUCAAGAUUGUUGAACUACCCAGUAAGACUCUGGUGUGCAGCCUGGUAACAGAUUCAAAAUCGGGAUCGGUCAUGUGUGUCAAACUCUGGCAGCCACAAUCAGGUCCUGGACCCCUCUUGCUGGCCGGGUAUGAGGACGGGUCACUGUUGUUAUGGGACAUAACCCAGAGGUCCAUUCUGAGUCAAACCAAAGUCCACCUCGAGCCUGUCAUGUGUCUGACCUUUGACACAGAAAGUCUGAGGGGCAUAUCGGCUUCUUCGGACAAUAAACUCUCCUCGUGGAUCCUGGACGGGCAGAAUAACCUGAAGCUCCAAAACUGCGUGACUCUAACCAACCCUGGCAUUUCCCAGCUGAGUAUUAGAGGAGAUGGUAAACUGUUAGCAUCAGCAGGCUGGGACCACCGGGUACGGAUAUUUGGCUGGAAGAAGCUGCGACCUCUGGCAGUCCUGCAGUACCACAGUGACAUGGUGCUCAGCGUUGCAUUCUCCGACCACAAGGACCCCGGGCAAAGAUUUCUGGCUGCUGGAUCCAAAGACCAACGUAUCAGUCUGUGGUCAAUCUACAAUGAGGGACCCUCUGAAAAUAAUUAAUACUCAGUGGCAGUGGUGAAUGUAGGAAAGGGGUCACCAACAUGGUGACCGCUGACACCAGGUCACCCCCAAGGACCACAUGAGUAGCCCCCUAGUGUUACAUAUUGAUAUUUAUCUGUUUCCUACCUUGUAAAAUCAUUGUUGAUAAUUAUUGUGAGAAAUCAUUGACAUGAACAUUGUCUUCCAAAAAAUGAAUCUUAAUUCCAACAUAUAAUUAAAUGUAAUUUGAACAAAUUAGUCAUUUCUGAAGUGUGUUUCGAACUGGCAGCCCUUUGCAUCAAUCACUACCCAAGAAGUAGCUCUCAGAUUAGACCCCUGAGGGGUCUAAAAUUAAUUGAAGAUUCUAAAUUGCCCGUAGGUGUGACUGCGAACGGUCAUUUAUGUGCCCUGCAAUUGGCUGGCUAACUUUAGGGAUCCUCAGACCCUAAUGAGAAUGUCCAGCAUACAAAUUCAGUACAUUGAAUUUAUAUACCGUCUGUGUGUGUGUGUGUGUGUGUGUGUGUGUGUAUGUAUAUAUAUAUAUAUAUAUAUAUAUAUAUAUCAUUAAAGUUGUUUUUUUCCCUCAUUAAUGUACACACAGCACCCCAUAUUGACAGAGAAAAACAGGAUUGUUGAAAUUUUUGCAGAAUUAUUAAAAAAGAAAAACUGAAAUAUCACACAGCCAUAAAUAUUCAGACCCUUUGCUCAGAAUUUAGUAGAAGCACACUUUUGAGCUAAUACAGCCAUGAGUCUUUGUGGGAAUGAUGCAACAAAUUUUUCACACCUGGAUUUGGGGAUCCUCUGCGAUUCUUCCUUGCAGAUCCUCUCCAGUUCUGUCAGGUGUGAUGGUGAACGUUGGUGGACAGCCAUGUUCAGGUCUUUCCAGAGAUGCUCAAUUGGGUUUAAGUCAGGCCUCGGGCUGGGCCAUUCAAGAACAGUCACGGAGUUGUUCUGAAGCCACUCCUUCGUUAUUUUAGCUCUGUGCUUAUGGUCAUUGUCUUGUUGGAAGGUGAACCUUCGGUCUGAGGUCCUGAGCACUCUGGAGAAGGUUUUCGUCCAGGAUAUCCCUGUAAUUGGCCGCAUCCAUCUUUCCUUUGAUUGCAACCAGUCGUCCUGUCCCUGCAGCUGAAAAACACCCCCACAGCAUGAUGCUGCCACCACCAUGCUUCACUGUUGGGACUGAAUUGGACAGGUGAUGAGUUGUGCCUGGUUUUCUCCACACAUACCGCUUAGAAUUAAGGCCAGAAAGUUCAAUCUUGGUCUCAUCAGACCAGAUUAUUUUUCACCAUUUUGGAGUCCUUCAGGUGUUUUUUUUAGCAAACUCCAUGCGGGCUGUCUUGCAUUCAGAAGAGGCUUCCGUCAUGCCACUCUGCCAUAAAGCCCCCACUGGUGGAGGGCUGCAGUGAUGGUUGACUUUCUAGAACUUUCUCCCAUCUCCCGACUGCAUCUCUGGAGCUCAGCCACAGUGAUCUUUGGGUUCUUCUUUACCUCUCUCACCAAGGCUCUUCUCGCCCGAUUGCUCAGUUUGGCCGGACGGCCAGCUCUAGGAAGGGUUCUGGUUGUCCCAAAUAUCUUCCAUUUUAGGAUUAUGGAGGCCACUGUGCUCUUUUUGUAACCUUUGCCAGAUCUGCGCCUUGCCACAAUUCUGUCUCUGAGCUCUUCAGGCAGUUCCUUUGACCUCAUGAUUCUCGUUUGCUCUGACAUGCACUGUGAGCUCUAAGGUCCUAUAUAGACAGGUGUGUGGCUUUCCUAAUCAAGUCCAAUCGGUAUAAUCAAACACAGCUGGACUCCAAUGAAGGUGUAGAACCAUCUCAAGGAUGAUCAGAAGAAAGGGACAGCACCUGAGUUUAAUAAAAAAAAAAAAAAAAAAAAAAAAAAAAGUUAAAUCACAGCAAAGGGUCUGAACAGUUACGGUUGUGUGAGGUUUAAGUUUUUCUUUUUCAAUUAAUCUGCAGAAAUUUCAACAAUUCUGUUUUUUCUGUCAAUAUGGGGUGCUGUGUGUACAUUAAUGAGGGGAAAAAAUGAACUUAAAUGAUUUUAGCAAAUAAGAGUGAACAUUUUAAGGGGGUCUGAAUCGUUUCUGUACCCACUGUAAAUAACAAUAUACAUGAUAGGGGGUUAUAAUGUACAAUAGACAUUUAUAUUGUUCUAUGAUAUGUAUUGAUCUAUUGUACAGCCAGUGUUGGGAAGAUUACUUGGGAAAUGUGUUUGGCAGGGCAAGGCAGAUUUAUUUAUAUUGCGCAUUUAAUACACAAAGUAAAUCAAUGUGAGGAGACUGAAGGGAGAAACCCCCAGAAACAAACAAGAACUGAAAGAGACUGCAGUAAAGGCCUGGAAGAGCAUUUCAAAUGAAGAAUGCAGCAGUCUGGUGAAGGUCAGGCUUUAUGCAGUUAUUGCAAGAAAGCGUUAUGCCACCAAAUAUUAAAUGUUAUUCAUCCAUCCAUUUUCUGUACCGCUUCUCCUCAUGCGGGUCGCGGCCGUGCUGGAGCCUAUCCCAACUAUCUUCUGGCGAGAGACAAGGUACACCCUGAACUGGUCGCCGGCCAAUGUCCCAAUAUUUUUGCUCACUUGAAAAGUUGGUGGCUUCAAACCAAAGUUCUGUCCUGAGUUGUUUAACACAUCUAGAUGUAAAUACCAUGAAAUAAAAGCUGGCAU